AAGAAGGUUGGUCAUAAUGCAAUAGGUUGCCCGGGGACUUUGUCGCUACUGGGACGCUUCUACGGGCUGGCGAGCUGACCAUGGCUGGGGAAAUUAUUUACGCCGAUUUAAGGCAGCCUGAAGGGGUCUCUUUGCCUGCCGAGAGGUGUCAGACUCCCGCCGUCUGCCCACGGUGGCACGGAGUCUUCCUGAAGCUGAGCGGGCUGGGCUACCUGGUGCUGCUGGUGCUGGUGGUGGUGCUCAGCGUGCAGGUUUUUCAGAAGGCGCCGACGCCUCCGAGCGCUCCGCAGAACAAGAGCGAGGCCGAGGGAAGGAACACGAUGGAGGAGUACGUGUCUCCCUCCCUGCUGCGCUACGUCUGCUGCUGGAACGGCUCCGCAGGCCACGGGGGCUGCAAGCUGUGCCCCCAGUCUUGGCAGCUUUCUGGGGACCACUGCUACCAGGUUUCCAGAGCGACUGGGACUUGGAGCCAAGGCAAAGAAGACUGCGAAAGGCGGGGGUCCCAUCUGGCCGUGCUACGAAACAAGGCCGAUGUGGAGCGCUUAAAUGAGGGGAUCCAGCAGGAAUACAAGGAGAAGCUAACAGUGUGGAUCGGAUUAAAGGCAUCCAAGAACACAUGGAAAUGGGUGGACAACUCCUCCUACAAAGCCGCCGUGUUCAGUCCCCUUCAGAGUGUGGAGAACGGCUGCGCGACCUUCAAAGACAAGAGGCUGGAGGUUGAUGGCUGUGAAAGCGACCACAAUUGGGUUUGCCAGAAAGCACCUUUCCCUCUCAUCUCAAAGACUGCAGGAGAGCUGUGCGGUGCCCGCCCCGAAAAAAGCCCAGCCCAUAGGAAGCUUGCUGCUAAUAUUUGGGGUGAAGCCAACCCUCCUCGUUACGGCCCUGUGAGGAAUUUCAGGGUUUGAACCCGACCAAGCACAGCCAAGACUAUCAGUGUAGGCUCUGGUGCAAUUAGCUUCCAAUUUAUAUAUAUAUUUUAAUUAAAAAAUCCAUCCAAAUAUGUA